ACAGUCAAUAUAUAAUAUAUUUUUCGAUAAUUCCCAUUCUAAAAGCAUCAUCGAUACUGAAUUUUGGUUUAGAUUCCUUUCGCUGUCGCGCGUGGAGUAACAAUGGCCUCAGAUCCGAAAGUUCACGCAUUCGAGGAGGUUGCGAACCACAACAAAACUAAGGAUUGUUGGCUGAUUAUCAGUGGAAAGGUUUAUGAUGUAACCCCAUUCAUGGAAGACCAUCCUGGAGGCGAUGAAGUUUUGCUCUCCGCCACUGGAAAAGAUGCAACGAACGACUUUGAAGAUGUGGGCCACAGUGAUUCAGCGAGGGAGAUGAUGGAGAAAUACUACAUUGGGGAGAUAGACAUGGCAACAGUUCCUCUCAAACGCACUUACGUCGCUCCACAACAAGCCCAUUACAAUCCGGACAAGACCCCGGAAUUCGUGAUCAAGAUUCUGCAGUUCCUUGUGCCUCUCUUGAUCUUGGGAUUGGCCUUCGCUGUUCGUCACUACACGAAAGAGAAAUGAGUGCUUCGAAUAAUAUUCCGUCUUAUUAUGCUUAUUGUUUUUCUUAAUUGAUAUAGUCGGACGAACAAAUAUGUGUACCCCUUGUCAGCUUAUCAAAACUUGUGCUUGCAAACAGACUUUUCGCAGUUUAUUGAAUUGCCGUGUUUUUGUCCCCCAAAAA